UCUCAACUGUUUGAGAACCGUGUCCAAUCGAGAAAAAGUGUGAUGCAAUAUUCUCGAAAACUCCCCGAUAGAAAAGGUGCUAUUAAGUGCCUGACACAUCACUGCUCAACUUGACCUCAGCAAGAUGUUUUGUUUCACUGUGUCUUUAUAUGGAAACUGAAUUCAAAUUGACGCCUUAAACCAGAGAUCUACUGCUUUUUCUCGUGGCAAACGAAGAGUUUGGACACCUACUGUCUGAGGUUUCCCAGCAUCUGAUAAGCCGAAAUGGCACUGGAGCCUUUUCGUAGUGAGCAAUUGAACUAUUUUAAAUUCGCUUCCAUUGCUCUCAAUGAAUUCCCAAAGGCUUUACGUCAGACUUUCACAUCCAUGUGGGACAACAACAUGAGACAUCUUCCCGGUCAUCAACCGUGGGAUGACUCCACUGCCGUGAGAAAUUUGUUUUUCACUUCAGAGGGUGGCUCUGGAAAAACCAAAGUUCCUACAAACCUCUCCUAUGAAGAAUGGGAUUGUACCGCCCUGUUCCAGGCCACCAUCUACGCCAAGUCCUUUUCUAAACCCGACAGUAGAGGUCAUCACAAGACACUCAGUGAGCUAUACAUAAAACCUCGUAAACUGGCUCUUGGAACAUUUCAUGCGUCUGUGGUGAGCCCACAAGGUGACGAUGCUGAGACUUUCUCACUCGCCAUCGAUCAGUUGCGACUUUUACGGAAUACACUUUGCCACUCGCACAGUUCUGAAAUCGAAAAAGCUAAAUUUGAUCACUACGUGCAGCUCGCUAAAGAUGCUUUCAAGGCGCUUGGUGUCAAGACUAACCAUAUUGAUGUCAUUGGCGGUUUGACGGAAAAGGAAUUUCCCACAGAUGAGGUUCGCAAACUGGAGGAACGUAUCAAAGAAGAGUAUCGUGCUUUUGUCAGUUUUCUGCAGCAACAGCUGCAAAGCCUGGAAGGACUACCUUUAGUUGUGGAGGGAAUAAAUUCAGCUAUAAGAGAUAUACAGCUUACAGUGGAAAUAAUUCCAACAAAAGAUGACGUCGCCCAGAUAAUAGAGCAAAAGCUUAAGGAUUUGAAACUAUCAGCAACGCAGGACAGGCCAGAGGAAUACAUGUCAUCGCCUGAGUCUAAAGAUGCUGGCCAAAAGGUUAAAAGUGAAGAGAUCCCCUGCUCUGUAAAAGCAAACGUUCAGUAUAUUCAGAAGGAGCUGGAAACCCAACUGCUCAGACAGGAGGACUCGAGAACGGCUGACAUUUACUAUUUACUCGGCAUUAUGCUACACAAAGCAGGCGACUUUUUCUCCGCCCUUGAGUAUUCCAAGCGUUCUCUUGAUAUGAGGCAAAACCUACUCGGUGAAGAACACCCAGACACUGCCAAAAGUUACUUUUCCAUCGGGGCCACUCAAUUUUCUUUAGAAAAAUUUCCUUCAGCUCUACAGUCUGCACAACGUGCGUUGGAGAUAAGAAGAAAGCUUUUUGGAGAGGAACACUCAAGCACAGCAGACUGUCACUUCGCAGUAGGGGCAAUUCAACUCUCGUUAGAAAAUUACCCGUCAGCUCUCACGUCUGCACAGUGUGCGCUGGAGAUAAGACGAAAGCUGUUUGGAGAAGAACACUCAAGCACAGCAGACAGUCACUUCGCAGUAGGGGCAAUUCAACUCUCGUUAGACAAUUACCCGUCAGCUCUCAAGUCUGCACAGUGUGCUUUGGAGAUAAGACGACAGCUGUUUGGAGAAGAAGACUCAAGCACAGCAGACAGUCACGUCGAAGUAGGGGCCGUUCAACUUUCGUUAGACAACUACUCUUCAGCUCUCCAGUCGGCACAACGUGCGUUGGAGAUAAAACGAAAGCUGUUUGGAGAAGAACACCCAAGCACAGCACACAGUCACUUGGUCGUAGGGGCCGUUCAACUCUCGUUAGAAAAUUACCCUUCAGCACUUCAGUCUGUACAAAGUGCUUUGGAGAUAAGCCGAAAGCUGUUUGGAGAAGAACACCCAAGAACAGCAUACAGUCACUUUGCAGUAGGAGCCGUUCAACUCAUGUUAAAAGACUUCCCUUCAUCUCUUCAGUCUGCACAACGCGCGUUGCAAAUAAGCCGAAAGCUGUUUGGAGAGGAACACCCAAGCAUAGCAAACAGUUUAUUUUCAGUAGGGGUCGUUCAAAUGUUGUCAGGUGAAUUUACCUCCGCUCUCCAAUCCUCAGACCGUGCCUUGGAAAUGCGACGAAAGCUGUAUGGCGAAGAAGACUCAAGAACUGCAGACAGUUACUUUUUAGUAGGUGCCACUCAAAUGAGCCUGCAUGACUCCAGCUCUGCCCUUCAUUCUGUACAACGAGCAAUGGAAAUUAAAAAAAGGUUAUUCGGGGAGGAACACCUAAGAACAGCUGACAGUUACCAUUUAUUAGGACUCAUGCAACAUCAGUUAAGCGACUCUGCCGCGGCUCUUAAGUCUACAUACCAAGCACUUGACAUAAGACGAAAACUCCUUGGAGAGCAACAUCCAAAUGUUGCCGACACUUACCAUUCGAUUGGCAUCUUACAGCACGAGAUAGGGGACUUCACCUCCUCUCUUCAGUCUCAUCAGUGUGAGCUUGACAUAAGACGGAAGCUACCUGGAGAAGAACAGUCGAGAGUUGCCGACAAUUACCAUUUAAUUGGUGUCUUACAGAAUAAGUUAGGGGACCCUACAUCCUCUUUACAGUCUCAUCAGAAUGAGCUCGAAAUCAGACGAAAGGUACUUGGGGAAGAGCACUUAAGCAUUGCUGAUAUUCUCUCCUUAAUUGGUGUCUUACAUGAGCUUGACAUAAGACGGAAGUUACUUGGAGAAGAACUCCCGAGAAUUGCCGACAUUUACCAUUCACUUGGUGUCUUACAGUACGAGUUAGGGGAAUUCCCCUCCUCUCUUCGGUCUUAUCAGCGUGAGCUUGACUUAAGACGAAUGUUACCUGGAGAAGAACAAUCGGCGAAAUUUGCCGAGCUUUACUAUUUCAUUGGUGUCUUACACAAAAAGCUAGGCGACUUUCCAUCCUCUCUUCAGUCUCAUCAGCUUCAGCUUGACAUAACAAGGGAAUUGCUUGGAGAAGAACACCAGAGAGUUGCCGACAUCUACCAUUCAAUUGGUGUCUUACACUACGAGCUAGGGAACUUCACUUCCUCUCUCCAGUCUCAACAGCAAGAGCUCAGAAUCAGGAAAAAGGUACUUGGAGAAGAACACUCACGCAUUGCGGACAUGUUCUUCUCAAUUGGUGUCUUACAACAGAAGUUAAAGGACUUUUCCUCCUCUCUUCAGUCUCGUCAGCGUGAGCUCGACAUAAGACGGAAAGUACUUGGAGAAGGGCACCCAAGAAUUGCUGACAUUUACCAUUCGAUUGCCGUCUUACAGCGGGAGUUAGGGGACUUUACCUCCUCUCUUCAGUCUCGUCAGCGUGAGCUUGACAUAAUACAGAACUUACGUGGAGAAGAACACUCAAGAAUUGCUGAAAUUUACCAUUCGAUCGGUGUCUUGCAGCACGAGUUAGGGGACUUUACUUCCUCCCUUCAGUCGCAUCAACUGGAAACUCGUACUGAGGAUGAAGAUGGAGAAAGAGAAAAUGCAGAUCGAUUGUCUGGACUAGAAGUGGUCGUGGGUAAUGACAGUCCCGCUGCCAAGCGACCAAGGUCUUCCGUGGAAAGUCAAUCGUCACCGGAGAUUGAAGCCCCACCGGAUGAACUUCUUGUUGCAGUUUUUAGGCAUUUUAGCCUGAAGGAAAUUGUUGGAACCUUAAGCAAGGUUUCAAAGGCUUUUUCACAUUUUUCUAUGUCUUAUGUCGAUGUCAAAGUAUCCCAGUCCAGGCUAAAUGCGAUACUACAAAACAGUCUACGAGUGGCUCACAAGCUGACACAUCUAGAUUUAAGUGGACAACCAAUACGUAACUUAAGUUGCUUACCAAACCAAAAGUCUGAAGCUGCUGGUCUUGAAGUGUUAAUUCUUAAUGACUGUUUAUAUAUUGAUGAAAAUAGUUUCAGCGAGUCCAUAAUCAAACGAAUGGGUAACAUUAACAUUUUAUCUAUGAACCGAACAAAGCUCUGUUCCAAUGAAGCUGUUAAAUUGGCAGUUUCUUUGCCUUCGUUGUUUUCCUUAUGUGUAAAAGGAAUACCGCUGUCACCAGUUGAUGUUAGAGUUAUUGUUGAUAAGUGCAAAAAUCUUCAACUUAUGGAAAUUUCUCACAGCAGCGACGAAAGAGACGACGACUGCCGUCUUCUGGCGUCAGAAUACACUACACCAGAUGCUGAUAGCAGCAUACUGUUGAAGAAUUCUACUGAACACGUCAACGAUUUGGGAUUGUACUAUACCAAAGCACAAUCACUAUCUGAUGACCGAAAGCUAGAACUCCUUGAAAAAUUCUUGGGCACCACCUAG